ACUGGUUGGAGGAAGUGGAAAGGGAGCUGGGCGCCGCCAUAUUGAAAUCUCAAAUCAGUUAUUAGUAUGAAGGAGAGGUAUUUGUAGAAAACGGGAAAGAGAGUAUUUGCAUCCUGCUCCGCCUCAGCAGCCAGUCUAAGUCCCAUUCUUAGAAGACGAUCUGGCCAGCCGGCGUUAAAGAAGUAGCAGCAUGUCCGAAACAUAUGAUUUCUUGUUUAAAUUUCUUGUGAUUGGCAGUGCCGGUACUGGAAAAUCCUGUCUUCUACAUCAGUUUAUCGAAAACAAAUUUAAACAAGACUCGAAUCACACAAUUGGAGUAGAAUUUGGAUCAAAAGUGGUUAAUGUUGGGGGGAAGACCGUGAAAUUGCAAAUAUGGGAUACAGCAGGACAAGAACGUUUUAGGUCUGUAACAAGGAGCUACUAUCGAGGAGCAGCAGGAGCACUUUUAGUAUAUGAUAUCACAAGCCGUGAAACGUACAAUGCAUUAACUAACUGGCUGACUGAUGCCAGGACUCUUGCCAGCCCCAAUAUAGUUAUCAUUCUUUGUGGUAACAAAAAGGACCUGGAUGCUGACCGAGAAGUCACAUUCCUUGAGGCUUCCCGCUUUGCACAAGAAAAUGAAUUGAUAUUUUUAGAAACCAGUGCACUGACUGGAGAAAAUGUAGAGGAAGCCUUUUUGAAAUGUGCAAGGACCAUCCUGAAUAAAAUUGAAUCAGGUAAGCGAAAAGUAUGA